AUGAGUAGAAUAGAUAAUGAUAACAGUACAGUUAAUACAACUUCUACCCAUCUUACUAGCAGUCAGCCCACAGAAGAAGAUGAUUUAAGUUUGUUAUUAUCCUAUAUAAGUAUUGGUAUUAGUGGAUUAACUUUAAUAUUAAUUACUAUAUUAAUAUUUAUUAUAUGUAGUAGAAGAAAAAAGAAAAAUGUCCGAGCCUAUAAACCACACCUGACAGGAAGCUAUGUUCUGAAAACUAGACGACAUUAUGAUACAGAGUAUAAUUCAGAGAAUUCUGGUCUUGAUAAUUCCAUUGAUGGAAUCAAUUCACACCAAAAUAUAUCCAGAAAACAGACAAAUGACUUUAAAAGAACUGAAGGUAAACCAGAAAUGAGAGAAAAACAAGAUCUGGAUUAUGCUAAUGAAGAAAUGAUGGCUAAUAAUAGACAUACAAUAUAUAAUGAUAGAGAUUUAGAAAUACUGAAUAAUGACUUCUAUGUCUGUUCUGGAUUAUAUCAUUAG